AUGUCAGACGAGCUGGUGGACGAGGCAGAGGCAAUCAACGCCAUCUACGGCGACGGCUCGCUCGUGCGGACGGAAGACGAGUGCGCAUCCACGUACGUGCUCAAACUGCCCGGCGGCGCGUCAUGGCUCAGAAUCCAGUUCCCGGAGGCGUAUCCCGCACAACCACCCGCGGUGCUGGGCACGCACCACUCGUCAGGCGGCGUCAGAGGCGCGGGCGCAAGAGACGUACGCCUAUUCAGGGAGGCCCUGAGCAGCGUCUUCCACGAGGGCAGCGAAUGCCUGUUUGACGCGGUGGAAGAGUUUGGCAGGCGGGCCGGGGAGCGCGUUCCCGCCUCCGAGGGGCGGGAGGAGGAGGAGGAGGAGGACCGGACGCCCGGGCGCCCCGGGGACGACGUGGACGCCGAGCGGUUCCCGGCGCCGGAGUGGACACUGUCCGAGGCGGUCGUGGAGAACAAGUCGACGUUUGUGGCGAGGGUGGCGAGGGCGUCGUCGCCGGGGGAGGCGAGGAGCCACGUCGCGCGGCUGCUGGCGGCGGACAAGAAGGUCCGGCUGGCGACGCACAACGUCACGGCGUGGAGGAUGCGCGGCGGGCGGGGCGAGCAGUUCCAGGACUGCGACGACGACGGGGAGACGGCCGCGGGCGGGAGGCUGCUGCACCUGAUGCGGGUGAUGGACGUGUGGGGGGCGGUCGUGGUCGUGAGCCGGUGGUACGGCGGCGUGAAGCUGGGGCCGAGGCGGUUCUCCGUCAUCAAUGGCGUUGCGAGGGAUGGCAUGGUCCGCGCGGGCGUUGCUGGGAGGUGA